AUGAAUAGUGGUAAAGCUCGGGUCCCAAAGUGUGCGAGAUGUCGAAAUCACGGUCUUAUUUCAAGUCUUCGAGGCCACAAAAAGGCUUGCGCUUAUCGAGACUGUCAGUGUCCGAAGUGCGGCUUAAUAAAGGAACGACAAAGGAUUAUGGCUGCUCAGGUCGCCCUAAAAAGACAGCAGGCUGCAGAAGAUAAAAUUGCUCUACAUUUAGCUUCAGUGGAAAGUGGCACGGCAAUGGAGACAUUGCCUCCAGGCCGCAUAUAUGGUAUGCGAGUCACCGGCCCAUGUCCAAGCCCUGGCCCGGAGCCAGAUUCUGCUGUGGAUGAUCAAACUCCGAUUCACAUCGACAGUGAGACAAGUGAUUCACUACCAGAUUGCUGCAGCGUAACUCCGGACUCCGUCGGAAAUGUCAAUAUUGGAUUACGAUCAUGCGCAGCAGUUGACGAAAGCACAAGUAACGUAAGCUCGGCUGGACUAGAAAUGUUGCGGAAGCUUUUUCCAGGGAAGAAGCGUUCUGUAUUAGAAUUGGUGCUUCGCCGUUGCAAUCACGAUCUUUUAAGAGCUGUAGAACAUUGUAAUGCCAUACAUGCUCAACGUGAUAAAUCAAUGCCUAGUGUGAGCUCUACUUCAACUAUUAGAUUCGAGACGGUAUCUAGUUCUGAAGAAGUUGAAUCUAGAUGGUCUGCAUUCCGACCAGUUGGCCCUCGAGCACCAUUGCUACCAACAUUAGUGAUGGGCCGAGUUUGUGGAUCAGAGUGGUUGGUACCACUGCCCGCACUACCAGCAUUAUCUGCUCCCUUAUUAUUACCGCUGCCACAUCCACCGCCUACAUCUUGUGCCCCAGAUUGUAGACAAUGUAAUAGCCACCAU